AUGCUCCGCCGUGGUCUUGUCCUGGACCUGAGCACCGCUUUCGGCUUCGGUACUACCUUCGGCUACCUCUGGUGGUACGGAUACCACCUUCCCCGCGUGCGUGAGCGCGAUACCUACUACGCCCGCCUCGAGGCUGAGCGUGCUGCCCAGCGGGGUUAA